AUGCACGAAGGUGGAGCAUGGGUUGUGGAUCAACGAGCUCUCACUGGGUCAGUUGAGGACGUGCACUGGUCUCCUACUGAAGAAGGCUUGCUUGCAUCUUGUUCCUGUGACGGUACAAUAAAGCUGUGGGAUACUCGGUCGAGUCCUGCAGAUGCUUGCGUAUGCACUGUCGAGAAGGCACACACUUCUGAUGUUAAUGUUAUGUCGUGGAAUCCACAAGAUGCAUUAAUAGUCAGUGGUGGAGAUGAUGCUGAUUUGAAAAUUUGGUCUUUGAAGACGAUACAGUUCGGGCAGCCAGUUGCACGCUUCAAGUAUCAUUCAGCUCCGAUUACAUCAGUUGAAUGGUUACCUCAGGAAUCUACUACAUUCAUGGCUUCUGGGGAAGACGAUCAAGUGACUAUCUGGGAUAUAGCUACUGAGGCAGACACACAAGAUGCUGUGGAAGGCGUACCACCACAGUUGAUGUUCUUACACCUCGGUCAAAAGGAAGUGAAAGAAGUCCACUGGCAUCCGCAAAUUGCUGGACUUGCUCUAACAACAUCCUUGGACGGUUUCAACGCUUUCAAAACGAUCAAUAUAUAA